GAGGCAACCUCUCGCCCCCAAACUAAAAAAAAAAACUUGUGCGUCCCUCGCUCGUCCGACACCUCCUUCCCCGUCUUCGUCCAAGCUAGGGUUUCCUCUGCUGACCCCCGGUCGUGCUUCCGGCCGCUACUUGCAUCUCUCCGCCCUCCAUUCUUUCCACUCCUCGAGCCUAUGUGAUAUGGCGAGCACAACAUGCUUCGUGAUCGUUAGUAAGAAUGAUAUCCCAAUCUAUGAUGCUGAAGUUGGAUCAGCUCCAAAAAAAGAAGAUCAGGCUUACCAGCAUCAGUUCAUUUUGCAUGCUGCAUUAGAUGUUGUUCAGGAUCUUGCAUGGGCUACAAGUGCGAUGUUUCUGAAGUCAGUAGAUAGAUUCAACGAUCUUGUGGUGUCUGUUUAUGUAACUGCUGGUCAUACUAGAUUUAUGUUGCUUCAUGAUUCACGGAGUGAAGAUGGUAUAAAGAGCUUCUUUCAGGAAGUUCACGAACUUUAUAUCAAGAUAUUCCUUAAUCCACUCUACUUACCUGGUUCUCGCAUCACAUCCUCCCAUUUCAAUACCAAAGUCAGGGCUCUUGCAAGGAAAUACCUGUAGCAGUGCAGCAUACACUCAGGUGGAAGACCUUGUGAGCUCCACAUAACAAAGUUUUUUGGUGACCCUCUCUUUGGUCUGCCUACUUCCGACUAUUCAAUGGCCAAAAUAGAUCCUGAAAAUGAGCUAGUACUGUGAUGCGCCAAAAUGCUGCUCAAUGGAGAGCUUUCUUUGCUUAUUUCUGAGGUAUUUCCCCCUAGCCUACUGUAUAUUGUGCGUGGCAAAUUUAUAGAAAGACCUUGGCCCCUGCCAGCGUUUCAGCUUUCUGUUUAUCUCCUUACUCCUGUCCUGUGCUGUUGUGUAAGAUACUGGUGUCCUGUGAAAUUUACCUUGCACAUCGAUACUGCACCAUUAUAUCUGUAGCCAUGCCAGUGAAAGGAGCUGGUGCCGCAGUAUCAUCACGAGCUAUUGUAUGAAGCAUGGAACCAUAUGCAGGGGCAUUAAUAUUACAGGACACUGCAAUUGGUCAGUUGGUAGUAGUACUGUAGCUCCACUGAAAGGGUUGCUGCAGACAAGUCUUUGCUCAUCAGAUGAAUUCUAUUCAUGACUUGGGAUUGUACAAGGAACUAAGGAAGAGCUGUCACUUGGCUGGAAACCGCGAACUGUGGUCACCUUUUUUUUCUUUGCAGAUUUGAUUUUUUGUUUCGUGAAGACAAGAUUUUGGCCAGCAGUUAUUUAAUGCAAACGGGUUUAUGUGCCAUAAAAAUUUAUGUCAUCAUAUUUGUUUAUCGAAAGUACUUUCCGGUGA